AUGGAGGCAACUCAGGAAUCAACCCAGCCAUGCACGGAUCCUCGCCGUAUGGGCCGUAAUAACUCUGGAUUACUCAAUGAAGACCUGUCUGAUGUCAUUUGUAUCCUUCAUCCAAAUUCCCCUGCCGCCCACGAUGCGGUCGCUGCGACAGCCCGAAUCGCGCCCGGACAUAUCCUGCAGAAAGACGAGUUAGAGUAUGAAGGCUCAACCGCCGCUGUUUUGGAUAUCGCUCUAAGGCUAUCUUCAAAGGUGCAUGAUUUGGGGCUAGGUUUUUGUUUUGGGCGUAAUAUUGCUCGAUGUGACAUCCUUCUUGCCGCCGACAGUGCCUCAAGGCGUAUCUCCAACACUCAUUUUCGCAUCUAUCUCACAGACGAUGGUAUUCUCAUGUUGGAGGAUAUUUCCACCAACGGCACAAUUGUAGACAACUGCCGCCUUCGCAAGAAGGAGAAAGACAAUAGCCGGAUGCUAACAAAUGGCUCUGUUAUUCAAGUGAUCAAUGGCGAUCAAUCUUCAGACGAGAUCCGAUUUGUGGUUCGCUUUCCUUCGCGGGACGGCCACGCAAUGCAGUACACUGAGAAUGUGCUUCGUUAUUUCGAUCGAGUCCAGAAGCACCAGACGGGGACCGUGCAACCUACACGGCGCCAAACACCAACCCCGGCAUUGCAGUGGGCAAAUAGUUACGGAAUGCACUGGUCAGGCGGUUCAAUGUACAACGUCACCGGCCAGAUCGGGAAAGGAGCCUUUGCAACCGUUUAUAAGCUAGCCACCAAACAACAUGGGGCUGUAUAUGCUGCCAAAGAGCUCGACAAACGCCGCUUCGUGAAAAAUGGCAUACUAGAUCGGAAAGUUGACAAUGAAAUGAAGAUCAUGAGGGAUCUAAAGCAUCCCAACAUCGUUCAAUUUAUCGACUACCAGGAACACGACCGCUGGAUCUAUAUCAUCAUGGAGUAUGUUCCUGCCGGAGAGUUGUCUACUUACUUGCAAACCGAAGGCAAGAUCAAUGAGGGCAUGGUGAAGGUCAUGUCGCGACAAAUCCUGCAUGCAUUGCAGUAUCUCCAUAAGCGGAAGAUUACGCAUCGAGACAUCAAGCCAGACAACAUUUUAAUUGCAUCUCAUGAGCCUCUGAAAGUGAAGCUAUCAGACUUUGGUCUAUCCAAGGUUGUUCAAGAGGAAACCUUCCUAAAGACCUUCUGUGGAACCCUCCUUUACUGCGCCCCGGAGGUCUAUCCCGAGUAUGAAAACUAUCGACGCGGUGAAGUUAGGAAAAGGCGAAGGUUUGGUGACCCACCUCCCAAAACAUCUCCUUACGAUCAGUCUGUCGAUAUGUGGUCGCUAGGUGCUGUCAUUUAUCACCUCCUUGCCGGUAUCCCCCCCUAUACUGGACGAGGCGACGAUCGAGGGACUCAGAUGCUGAGAACAAUCAUGACAACGGAUGCGGACUACAACGUCUUACGCAGGGCAGGCGUCUCUGAAGCUGGCAUUGACCUGGUUUCUAAGCUCCUAAACCGUGAUCCUCACCUUCGCGCAAAGGAACGAGAAUGUCUCCGACACCCUUGGCUUGUCGACGUCCCGGAUUUAGAUGAAUACGAGGAGGAUAUGGUGUCCAAUAGUUCGGAGGGUCUCUCUGAUAUUGGCGAAGAUAUCGAGGCCGAAUUGGAUGCUUCCCAGCUCUCCCUUGAUGACCACCCGCACCUCGAAGCAGAACAACCCGAAAGCAGUAAUGAUUUGACUCAGUCAAAACGGCCACGAAUCGACUCGCCCCCUGGAGAUAUCAAUUACCCAUCACUUCCUAACAUUGAAAUUUCCCAGGACAUCCAGCCGUUGGCUGAGUCAACUCCAAGACGCCUAUUUGGAGAAAUAACUUCAUCGGCUCUCCGCAGCUCCCAUGCUUUGGGGGAUGGCAUUAUAUCUGAGGAUGGCGAUUUCAGCGUCCACGAUUUUGUUUCUUCAACUGGUGAGUCCAUGAUCAGUGAUGGCCUCAGUCUCAACUCCGUCCUGUCCCUCCCGGAAAACCCUUUCCCUGGAUCUGCACCAAGCUUGAUGGGCGCUGAGAACUUGGUCCGACAGCUGAACAUGAACUCGUGGCAUCCUGGCACUUCAAAAAACCCUCUCCUAUCCGCCGAGACACCAAACCGUCAACCCAGUGAGGAAAUCCCGGCUGUCGGAGGUAAGGCUCUGGGGGGGGAACUGCCGAAUAGUCCCAACGCGACCCCCCAGGCAAUCCAAUUCAGCCGACGCAUCGAACUCCCGAUACCUGAUACUGCUAGUGAACGUUCAAGCCCGGAAACAACCACGCGAAAGACCAGUAGCCAUUGUCCUGAGUCUACGACCGCCCCAGGAGAGAUUUUCGACGUCGAACUUGCGAACACCAUUGACGCCAGAAGCGGACAACCUGUAUCUGAGGACCGGGAAACCCAAGGGUUUCAGCCUCCUGCGGACCCCAGUCAAAAUCGGGUACCUGCCAUUCCAAGACUCCUUGGCCCGCCAAGCAAACCUCGGCCUCUGCUAGGAAAACUCACGACUGUCCCCGGGUCAAUAUUUGAUCUGACCCUCCGGUUAGAAGAUCGAAUGACCUCGUGGGGCCGUGGGCCCCAAGCGACUAUCUGCUUUCCGGACCCGAUGGAUACUCGGAUUCCGGCCUACGCCCUCGAAGUAACCUUCUGGGCGCCGGCAAUUGAGGCCCGCGUUGCUUCUGGACAGGAUUGGAUGACAGUGCCUGGAGUGAUGGCGAUUCUUUCCACCAAGACCCGCAAGUGUAUCUGGGUGAACGAUACCGAACUCCGUCGAGGGCCCGAGGGGGAUAACAAUCGAGAAGGGUUCCAUUUUGGUAAACUGUACAGCGGUGACAUUAUUACGAUUUACCGGCAGCGCAGCAAAUUCCUGAAAUUCCAGUGCGAGUUCUAUCAUGGAGACAGCGUGCGGCCACGUCCGGAGCAUGAAAAAGGAUUCAAGGUUCGCAAAGUGUUGAUGUCGAAAGAGGUGGUGGCCAAUCGACAACCGGUACGGAAUGAUCGGGGCAGCAAGGAAUGA